GCCGAGGCUCUAUUGUCCCUCGCCGGCCCCCGUCGCCCUUCCUCCCCUUCCAUUCCCUGCCUUGGGCGGAGCCGACGGAAGCCUUCCAGGGUCAAUUUCCUCCUCGGUGGCGUUCCUCCGUCAUGGCGGCGGAGCAAGAGGCCUCGAAGGACGGCGGCGGAGGCGGCGGCACCAGCGGCGGCGGCGGCAGCAACCGGAACCGGGGCGGCGUCCAGCGCGUGGAGGGGAAGCUCCGCGCCAGCGUCGAGAAGGGAGACUACUACGAGGCGCACCAGAUGUACCGCACCCUCUUCUUCCGGUACAUGUCACAAGGGAAACAUGCGGAAGCGAGAGAGCUCAUGUAUUCGGGGGCCCUGUUGUUCUUCAGUCACAAUCAACAAAACAGCGCUGCGGAUCUGUCCAUGCUAGUUCUAGAGUCCCUGGAGAAAUCAGAUGCAAAAGUUACAGAUGAGCUGCUAGAGAACCUGGCGAAAGUGUUCAGCCUGAUGGAUCAGAAUUCACCGGAAAGGGUGGCCUUUGUGUCCAGGGCGCUGAAGUGGUCCAGUGGUGGGUCGGGAAAACUCGGUCACCCAAAAUUGCACCAGUUGCUAGCCAUCACGUUGUGGAAAGAGCAAAACUACUGUGAAUCUCGGUAUCACUUCUUGCACUCGACAGAUGGCGAGGGCUGUGCAAACAUGCUGGUGGAAUAUUCCUCGUCCCGGGGCUAUCGCAGCGAGGUGGACAUGUUUGUGGCCCAAGCGGUGUUACAAUUCCUCUGCUUGAAAAACAAGACCAGCGCUUUAGUGGUCUUCACCACGUACACGCAGAAGCACCCUUCCAUCGAGAGGGGCCCGCCCUUCGUGCAGCCCUUGCUCAACUUCAUUUGGUUCCUGCUGCUGGCAGUUGACGGAGGAAAGUUAACAGUAUUUACAGUAUUGUGUGAACAAUACCAACCUUCCUUGAAGAGGGACCCCAUGUAUAACGAAUAUCUAGACAGAAUAGGACAGCUCUUCUUUGGUGUUCCACCCAAACAAACCUCAUCCUAUGGAGGACUACUAGGCAAUCUUUUAAACAGCUUGAUGGUGGCUGGCGAAGAAGAGGACGUGGAAGACGGGCAAGAAGACAGCAGUCCCAUUGAGCUGGAUUGAUCUCCUCCAGAGCUGCUUGGAAACCCGGCCAUGUGCUCCAUCACUCAAGCAAAGAAACAAAACAAAACAAAGACGGUUUUGAGAACAAGUCCUGCAAUUCUUUCUCAACAGGUCAAAGGGCUCCUCUGUUCAGUUUAAAAGGAGAGGUUGCUGAGAUGUUGAUGAUGUUUUGGUCUAUAUUAUUUAUGUAAAAAAAAACAACAACAACAGGCAAUGGGAUAGCCAAGAGAACUGACUGGGUGUGAUCAUUGGUGGACCUCUGGCAGGGCUGGAUGGUUGACGGACGGAGGAGGAGGAGGAGGCCCGUUCUCGGCAAUUCCCUCUUCUCACAAUCGCACUCAAUAAAGCCGAAGCAGGCAUGUGUUGCUACCUAUUUUAAACCACA